UUUUUCGUAGGGGUUUUGGCUUUUCGUUUUAUUAGUUAGGAAAGUCGCUAAUGGUUAUUAUUUAUCAUUAAUACAGUAAUAGCUUGUUCUAAGAGUUAAUACACGAUAAGUGUAUUAUAGGAUGUGAAUUAGUAGUGAAAAAUAUAGGCUGAAAUAGCUUUAACUGACCAAAAUGCCGCUACAAAACACCGGAAAAUUAGUGAAGGAGAAAGACUGGUCUAAAAACGAAGAUGGUGCGGCAAAAAGACUGGAACAAGCGAAAUUAUCUGAAGAGAUGGACGAGAGAUACGGCUAUAAGAAAUUAUCUGUUCCGUGUGAGAAGCUGGGGUGGCUGAUAAACAUGUGUGAAGCAGAUAUCUUGGAUGAAGAUAAGAAAAUGAUCAGUGCAGUGGAUUUCUAUUUCUUACAGGAUGACGGUGAACGAUUCAAAGUAUCUGUUCCUUUCAAGCCAUAUUUUUACGUUUUGACAAAACGUGGGACAGAAAAAGAAGUCAUUUCAUUUCUGCAGCGAAAAUUCCCGAAAAUUUUUUCCAUCGAAAUUAAGAAAAAAGAAGAUUUGGAUCUACAGAAUCAUUUAGUUGGAUUAAAACAAACUUAUUUAAAAUUAUCAUUCAUGCACGUCGACGAUUUAUCAAGCGUGAGGCAAAUUAUCCAACGGGCGGUGAACCGUAACAAACAGCGAGAAAAAGGACAUUCUGCGUAUGUUGAAAUGCUUACUAGCACACUCGCUGGAGAAAAAGUGUCCGAAACUUCAAGUGAUAGAUCUAAAACGCUGGUUGACCAGUUGGAUAACUUACUUGACAUACGCGAACAUGACGUUACUUACUAUGUUCGAGUUUCAAUUGAUUUGAAAAUCCACGUUGGUCUGUGGUACUCCGUUCAAUUUAAAGGAAGCUCUAUUCCACCCGUGAUAACCAAACGAAACGAUUUAUUAGAGCGACCAGACCCGGUUGUAUUAGCGUACGAUAUUGAAACGACGAAAUUGCCGUUAAAAUUCCCUGAUCCUGAUACUGACUGUAUUAUGAUGAUUUCUUAUAUGAUAGACGGACAAGGAUAUUUGAUCUGUAACCGAGAAAUAAUCUCUGCCGACGUAGAGGACUUUGAAUUCACACCCAAACCAGAAUAUGAGGGGAAAUUCGAAGUUUUUAAUGAACCUGACGAGAUUUCAACGUUGCAUCGUUUUUUCGAUCAUAUUUUAGACGUUAAGCCACAUUUAUUUGUGACAUAUAAUGGGGAUUUCUUUGACUGGCCAUUCGUGGAAGCGCGGGCUCUAAAGCACGGAAUUGAAAUGAUAAAAGAGAUUGGAUUCAGUAAAGACUCUCAAGGAGAGUAUAAAUGCCGCCAAGCGUCACACAUGGACGCUUUUAAAUGGGUAAAAAGAGACAGUUAUUUACCGAUGGGAUCACAAAGUCUAAAAGCGGCAGCAAAAGCGAAACUUCGUUACGACCCAGUAGAAUUAGACCCAGAAGAUAUGUGUCGCUUAGCGAGCGAAGAACCACAAACAAUGGCUAAUUAUUCAGUGUCGGACGCAGUUGCAACUUACUACCUUUACAUGAAGUAUGUUCAUCCUUUUAUAUUUGCGCUUUGUACUAUUAUCCCUAUGGAUCCGGACUCUGUGCUGCGAAAAGGAUCUGGAACUUUAUGUGAAGCUCUUCUCAUGGUUCAGGCAUUUGAUGUGAAUAUUAUAUUCCCAAACAGACAAGAGUCAACGUUGAACAAACAGACAAACGACGGACAUGUGUUGGACUCGGAAACGUAUGUUGGGGGUCAUGUCGAAGCUAUUGAAAGUGGGGUCUUUCGAGCUGAUAUCCCUUGUCGCUUUUUAGGCGACCCAGGGGGGUAUAAUUUUCUACAUGGGGAGGUUGAAAAAACUAUAAAAUUUUGCAUCGAAGUCGAAGAAAAUAUUCCGUUAUCCGAAGUUACGAAUUAUGAAGAAGUUUGUCGGGAUAUUAAAUCAAAAUUAAUUGAUUUGCGGGACAAUCCCGCUAGAAUUGAGAACCCGAUCAUUUACCAUCUCGACGUUGGAGCUAUGUAUCCGAAUAUCAUUCUAACGAAUCGUUUACAGCCUUCAGCGAUGGUUGACGAUGAAACCUGUGCGGCUUGUGAUUUCAACAAACCUGGUGCUACAUGCCAACGUUCCAUGCCAUGGAUGUGGCGUGGGGAAUAUAUGCCCGCCACUAGGAGUGAAUUUCAUCGCAUUCAACAACAAUUAGAAACUGAAAAAUUUCCGUCAUUUUUUCCCGGUGGGAAACCUCGAGCUUUCCAUGAAUUAAAUAAAAUUGAGAGAGCAGAACAAGAGAAAAAACGUCUUCAGGAAUACUGUCGAAUCGCUUACAAGAAAACCAAAAUCAGCCGAAUUGAAGAGCGCUACACUACGAUUUGCCAGCGUGAGAAUUCAUUUUACGUCGACACUGUACGUAUGUUUCGUGAUCGUCGUUAUGAGUUUAAAGCCGCGCUGAAAAAAGCGAAAAAGCAAGUUAGUGAUGCUGUAGCAAGCGGAGACGCUUCGGAAAUAAAAGCCGCAAAAGGGCUUGAGGUUUUAUACGAUUCCUUACAACUUGCUCACAAAUGUAUUUUGAAUUCAUUUUAUGGGUAUGUAAUGCGAAAAGGGGCACGAUGGUACUCAAUGGAAAUGGCUGGCAUUGUCUGCUAUACCGGUGCAAGCAUUAUCACAAAAGCUAGAGAAAUCGUUGAAAAAAUUGGACGACCUCUUGAGUUGGACACAGACGGUAUUUGGUGCGUUCUACCAGCCAGUUUUCCUGAGAAUUAUGUUAUACAUACAACGAACCCAAAAAAGCCUAAAGUUACAAUCUCUUACCCUGGAGCUAUGCUAAACGUUAUGGUGAAAGAUGAAUACACAAAUCACCAGUAUCAAGAACUUACUGAUCCUGCGACAUUGACAUACACACAACAAAGCGAAAAUUCAAUAUUUUUCGAAGUCGAUGGACCGUAUCUUGCCAUGAUUCUGCCAGCUUCUAAAGAAGAAGGAAAAAAAUUGAAAAAACGUUAUGCUGUUUUUAAUUUUGACGGAUCUUUAGCAGAAUUGAAAGGUUUCGAAGUUAAACGCAGGGGGGAACUGCAAUUAAUCAAAAUUUUUCAGUCCUCGGUUUUUGAGGCUUUUUUACGUGGGGGAACACUCGAGGAGGUUUAUGCUUCAGUGGCUAAAGUUGCAGAUUACUGGCUCGACGUGCUGUACAGUAAAGCAGACAAUAUGCCAGAUUCCGAACUUUUCGAUUUAAUCACGGAAAACCGGUCUAUGUCGAAAAAACUCGAGGAAUAUGGAGCGCAAAAAUCGACCUCAAUCAGUACAGCAAAAAGACUUGCGGAGUUUCUCGGAGAUCAGAUGGUGAAAGAUUCAGGUCUGUCGUGUCGUUUUAUUAUUUCGAAGAAACCAGAAGGCGCACCAGUCACGGAACGGGCGAUCCCGCUUGCAAUUUUUCAGUCGGAACAAAGUGUGAAGCGACACUACCUUCGCCGCUGGACGAAAACUUCAAAUUUGACUGAUUUUGAUAUUCGUAGCAUUUUAGACUGGGGGUAUUAUAUAGAACGGCUCGGAAACACGAUACAAAAAAUUAUCACGAUUCCUGCGGCUUUACAGGGGGUUCCGAACCCCGUUCCGAGAGUGCGUCAUCCCGAUUGGCUACAUAAACGAUUGAUGGAAAAAAACGACGUUUUCAAACAAAAACGAAUCACUGAUAUGUUUUCUGUUUUGCCGAAAAAACGGCCAAGAAGCGAAGACGGCUCUGAUUCAGGUCAAUCAGACGGAAACAAAGAGAAUGGGAUGGAUAUAGAGGAUUUUGGGAAGAAAACGAAUGAAAAGAAAGGAAUCCAAGCUACUGUUUCCGCUAAAAAAAGAAAAAUUGAUCAAGAAAAUGAAGAUCUUAAAAAAUCAUGGAGGGAAUUAUUAGGACCUGCACCAAGUAACGAGUUUUUAUUGAAAGGAACGAAAAGCCAGCACCAGGAGUGGAUAGACUACCAUAAAAAGAAGUGGAAACACCAAGCAAACCAGCGGAAAGCAAGUUUAAAAAUGAGUGACACAUUAAUUGAGUCACAACGUAACACUCGGCAACCAACAUCAGGUCUUACUGGUUUUAUGCGGCAACAUACUCAAACUUUACUUAAUUCGACAUGGCAGAUAGUGCAAAUGGUACCCACAGACCAUCCUGGCCAGUUUCGUGUGUUUACCCUCAUUGGUAACACUUUACAUACAUUAAAAUUAAACGUACCGAGAGUUUUUUAUGUGAACCAACGAACGUUGAAGGAAGGAAAAAGCGAGAUUUGGCGAAAAGUCAACCGCUUGCUACCAAGAUCAUCACCUCUGUUAAAUUUGUAUGAAUAUCAAAUCCCAGAGUCGGAGUAUCAAAAACACCGACACGCGAUUCGUCUCGAACUUUCAGGUUCUCAUAUUGAGGGCGUUUACGAGCUACAAGUGCCGCUUGAUUUCAGAGCGCUUGUAAAUUUAGGGUCCAUGUGUUCUGUGAAACGUAGCGAAGUCAAAAAACUUCACGAUACGGAUACAUUUGAAAUGGACCAAUUAGAAAUGAGAACUAGCAAUGUUGAGUACCUAGAGAAAGACUCUAUGAAACAAAUUUAUCUUUAUCAGCACGUUUCUGGCGCUAAACAAAUGGUCGGGUUAUUUUUACCGACGACAAAAAAGUGUUUUAUAUUUGUUGUUGACACAGUACGUACAAAUGCAAUGCCAAACAUGCAAUCGUUGUACAAGUCAGAACAUGCUGCAAUUUUAUCGUCAGCACAAGACAUGGAAUUACCCCCGACUGAUUAUACAUUCGAGAUCAGGAUUGAAAAGGACGUUAAAAAUAUGUACUCAGCGCUGCAACGGCAUAUUUCAACGUACAAAAACGAGCACCAUGGGCCAACUUUAAUUGCAUUUCAGUCUCAACUUUCUGUUACUAAAAUAUCGAGUCUUAUACCAGCCGUGAGAGAAUUUCCCAUAAUUCCAUUGCAUAAUAAAGACCCCGAGAAUUUAUAUGCAGUUUUGGAAUGGCAACGUGUUGGAGCACGGCGAUUGGUUCAACAAUUUUUAAACCUGGGUACUCUAUUGGACCAGUUACUAAAAUAUAGCCGAUAUUUUUGCGUUCCCGUCGGUAAUCUGCCACUGGACCCAAGCCUGUUUGUAGCGGAUUUAACUUUCGCAAGAUAUUUACUGAAGCAUAACCAUGUCCUGUGGUGUUCUGCGACAGAAAAACCAGAUCUAGGAGGAAAGGAAGCGUUCGACAAUAAGUUAGGAACGGAUAAUUCGAAUAGUACAGUUGAGGUGAACACCAGUGGAGCGUAUCCCAGCGUUUGUAUCGAAUUAGAAAUCUCGUCUUUAGCUGUGAACACGAUUAUCCAAUCACAUCGCGUUAAUGAUGUCGACGGGGGCGUGAGUGCAGGCGUGAGUUUCGACGUAAUUCAACAAUCUUCGCUCGAAGAUAUGAUAAGCGGACAGAAUUCUGCGUUGAAUUCGCUUGCUAGUGAUGACGAUACUGUUUUGUGUUCAACUACAUUCAGGAUCUUAAAGUCAAUGGUACAAGGUUGGCUUCGGGACGUGUCUGUACAUCGAAACGAGCUUGCUGAUUUCCAACUUGUGCAUUUCUAUCGAUGGUUGGGUUGUCGUUCUUCUCUACUUUUCGACCGUGCGUUGCAUAAAACUCUACAAAACAUGAUGCGUAAAGUUUUUUUGCAGUUGAUCUCUGAGUUUAAGCGAUUGGGAUCUAAAAUCGUGUACGCAGAUUUUAGCCGAGUCAUUGUUUGCACAAAGAAACGCUCUGUCACAGAUGCAGUGGCGUAUAUCAGCUACAUAGCAUCGUCUAUCACAUCUAAAGAUUUAUACCAUUCCAUAGAUCUUUCUAUCGUGCAAGCUUGGGAGUACUUACUAUGGCUUGACCACACUAAUUUUGCCGGGGUUAAAGGUCAAAUGGAAGAAAACGAGGACAAAAUGGACGAUAGUUCGAUCAGCGUUAGCAGUAAAAAAGAUAAUUCCGAUAAUUCAACGGAGCCGCAGAAUAAAUCUAUCCGCUUCGACGAAAGUUUGAUAAAUGAAAGUGGGGAAGAAAAUCCAACACAAGGUGGCGAUGUUGUUGAAAUGAAUUUUAGUCUCGUAAAAUAUCUCCCUCAUGCUGCCGCAAUUCAGACUAGCUUUGAAAUGAUUAUUGGGGGGUACAUUUCAAUGAUCCAUCGCGAAACAAAACUUGAAAGAACAAAAUACCUCCCUGGACAGACUCCUGUUGUUCGAAGGGGGGACACGCAGUCGCAAGAAGAAAAAGGGGGAAAAUCAAAAAUCAUUCCAAGCGACCCUUCCAUUACGGAACAUAUUGUGACUUUCUCACAGGAGUUAAUAACAGGAGAACUAACUCAACAAAUUCUGAGUAUCGUCCAAAAAAUGGCGAAAAAAUUAGGCUCGGACCCAGUAAGUGGAAGCAAAAUGUUCCCUAUUUUACCUGGGUCUCAUCUUUCUCUCACAAAUCCGACGUUGGAAUUCGUUAAAUCGGCGUGCAAAGUUUUGUUGCUCGAUUCUCACGUAUCGACGCAAGUUCAACAUCUGAAGCGGAAUUUAUUAAAACUUAUCGGAGUCGGAGAAUUUUCGUCGUCUGCAGAAUGGAACGAUCCGUGUGCUUCGUUUGUUUUGGGUGAAGUCGUUUGUGUUACGUGCAACCACUGUCGUGAUUUAGAUUUAUGUCGUGAAUACCAGACACUAGAUGGCCAAGAAAAAAUUGUGUGGAUGUGCGAGUCUUGCGGAACAGCGUACGAUAUUUCAUGGAUCGAGAAUCGACUUAUUGAAAGUUUGCAAAGCCAAGCAGCAAGUCACGUUUUGCAGGAUCUAUCGUGCAAAAAAUGUAAUGGAAUAAAACAAGGAAAUUUAUCGAGAUAUUGCGAAUGUGCCGGAGAUUUUGAAGUAACGAUACCGGUGUCGAAGUUCACAAAUACAAUCAAAAUAUUUCAGAAUAUUGCCGAGCACGCAGGAAUGCCUUUGUUACUAGAAACUGUGAAAUGGUUUUCUGAGUACAUGUGAACAUUAAGUGACAAGUACAUGCUAAGAGCGUGGGUUUCUAACUUUUUUUCAACUCUUCAUUCCUCCUCAACUAGGCACACUAACUCUUCUUUUGGCAUUGGAGGGAUUCCUCUCUAGUUGGAAAAUGUGCUAAGGAGUGUAUAAUAGGUCUGGGAAUCUUUUUGUUAUUAUUUAUGUGUGAUGUUAAUUAUACUACGCCCUUGAUAUUAACAUCGUUUAAUACGUCAGUUUUGCGUGAGUGAUGGACCGACUAGUGGUUGGAGUGUUUUUUCAAAAUUUUCCAUCCCGGGUAUGUAUUUAUAUAUAGUUGAAGUGUUAUGAACUGUUGGGUAAAUCAGGGCUUCUAAAAAAGGUUUGCUCCAAUGCAGCCUGUGAAGAGGUUGGCUAUUAUUUGCAGAAUUGUGUAGUUGACUAUUAUGAAUUUGUCUGGUGGCCACCACUCUCUAUUGUAACUUUAAUAUGACACAAACACUGCCUUUUUUAUGUAAUAAUACUGCUACUUUGCUAAAAUUUUUGUAUUUUUUCUGGAUAGCUCACAUAGUCUAUCGCUCUAGUUACAUAGCAAACUGGAAUUUCAGUGCUUGUCUGACUUUAUAAAUACAUUCAAAAUUUGAAGGCAGCAAAUUGUCUGUGCAAUGGCUUAGUUAUUGAGGAGUCAAGAUAAAAAUGUCAAAUACAUAACACUGGCUAUUUCAUUUGCUUUUCACUGGAUUUGCAUGUAUUACUAUGAAAUAGGCUAGGCGGCUAUCACUCUUUAACUUUGAUAUGACUGAAACACUGCCCUUUUUUAAUAUUUAUAUUGCUAUUUUGCUGAAAUUUUCAUAAUUUUUUUUUUUUGAAACAUGAUUUGAAUAGAGAUUUUGACCACCAGUGGGAGCAAGACUGAGCCCUUUAUUAUUCUUGUGUUGAAUAUUUGAAUUACAGUUCAUAUUGUUCCUGUAUUUUGGCUUUUUACAUUUUUACUGACGCUGAAAAAUUUU